GAGAAGGUUCCGCUCGCUCACGUCAGUAGCAGUUAUCAUGGCGGAUACGGAAGGGGAGUCACUGGAGUCAUGGCUAAACAAAGCCACCAAUCCUUCUAACAGACAGGAGGAGUGGGAGUACAUCAUUGGGUUCUGUGACCAAAUCAAUAAGGAACUUGAGGGCCCACAGAUAUCGGUCCGUUUAUUAGCACAUAAAAUCCAGUCACCACAAGACUGGGAGUCAUUACAGUCACUAACUGUUUUAGAAGCUUGUAUGAAGAACUGUGGGAGAAGGUUUCAUAAUGAAGUUGGAAAGUUUCGUUUUUUAAAUGAACUUAUUAAAGUAGUUUCACCUAAGUAUUUGGCUGACAGAGUGUCUGAACAAGUGAAGACUAAAGUAAUAGAGUUGCUCUACAGCUGGUCAGUUGCUUUACCAGAUGAGGCAAAGAUCACAGAGGCCUAUCAAAUGCUAAAGAAACAAGGCAUUGUAACAGCAGACCCAGAGGUUCCUGUGGACAAGACCCUUGUUCCCUCACCAAAGCCCAAAAAUCCAGUGUUUGACAAUGAGGAAAAGAGUAAGCGUCUUGCAGAACUUCUUAAGAGUAAAAAGCCAGAGAAUCUGCAAGAAGCCAAUCGCUUUAUCAAGAGCAUGGUCAAAGAGGAUGAGGCUAUACAGCAGAAAGCAUCUCAGCGUGCCAGCACCCUGGAGGAGGUGAAAAACAGUGUGAAGCUCCUUAACGAGAUGCUAAAUAAUUUAAAAAAAGAUGAUUCAACCCGAGCAGACAAAGAACUUAUGAAGGAUCUUUAUAAUGACUGUGACAAGCUUAGAACUGCUGUCUUCAAACUUGCUACAGAGACAGAUGAUGAUGACUGUGCCUUAGGUGAUAUUUUGCAUGCUAGCGAUGAUCUCUCACGAGUCAUCAACUCUUAUAAAAACAUUGUUGAAGGACAGACCAUCGUCAUUGACACACCUGGAUCAACAGCAACAGAACGCCCCAAUGACAGUUCUUCAGAAAUGUUGAUUGAUUUGGCUGAUGUAGACUUUGGGACUCCUUCUCCUGUCAAGCAAGUUUUGCCUUCACCUCAGCACUUCAAUUUCAUACCAGCUGAACUGCUCACACUUACACCUUUAGUGGGAACUCGGCUUUCCUCCUCCAACACGUCCUCUGGGUCAUCAGAUUUCCGAGUCAGUGAGAGUAACAGCUCUUACCUUUCCCCACCAUGUCAGCUUCCCAGUAGUCUCUCGCUGUUAGACGAGGAACUUGGAUCAUUUGGCCUAGAAACAACCUCAAACAAGUCUGCAGAAAAUAAUACAAAAGAAGAUCAAAGCAAUAUAUGGAUUUCUUCACAAACUUCUCAACCAGUGAUUGACCUUCUCUACGGCUCUGCUCCUUUGAAUCCUCUCAUCUCAACAGGGCUACCUACCUCUGAAGCUUCCGCAGUCACGGUAACUGAAAGCUCCCUUCCAACUGCUGAGCUGACAGCCUUGCCCUCCAUUCUGCAAAACUGUAAAGACCUUGCCAUGCUGGAUCUGGACAAGACUAACAGUCAGUCCAGUUUUUCAAGCCUGGCCAGCAAAGAACUUGGACAAGGUGAAGGAAACAUCCACACUGCAUUAACCACAUUCAGUUUGCCCGCUGGCAAAGCACCAGUGCCUUCUGCUGUAACCUCUGCCAAAUCACAGAGCUUCACUUCAGACAGCCCUCUCUUCAGGUCCCUCUCUCCUACAAUACCAAUCAGUCAAACACCUUCAGCCUCAAGCGGGGACAUCUCACUAACCAGUGUCUUUGUCCCACUGGAGACUAUUAAACCAAGUAAAGAGUGUCCUGUGACAGCCUAUGAUAAGGAUGGUGUUCGUGUGCUCUUGCAUUUUGCUACUGACCACCCACCUGGUCGCCCUGAUGUCCUUGUGAUUGUGGUGUCCAUGUUGAACACAGCACCGCUGCUGGUGAGGAGAGUAUUGCUUCAGGCAGCUGUGCCAAAGUCUAUGAGAGUGAAGCUGCAGCCUCCGUCUGGAACUGAUUUGACUCCCUAUAACCCUCUCAUGCCCCCCAGCUCCAUUACUCAGAUCAUGCUGCUCUCUAACCCACUGAAGGAGAAGGUGAGGAUGAGAUACCAGUUAACGUUCAUCCUGGGAGAUCGACAGGUCACAGAGACCGGAGAGAUAGACAAGUUCCCUCCAGUGGAAAGAUGGGGUCAUUUAUAGCUGUGUUAUUAAACAUUAUUGCUUGUGAAGAGACAGAAAGAGAUUAAAGAAACGGAUCAUAAUGGUGUAAGUGCAUGGAUGAGCCUGCAAUCGUGUCACAGAAGUCAUUUUUUUGUUCAGGAUGCUACCAUUGACAUAAUAUUAAAGUUACGAAUCCCAAUCUCAAAAUAAUCCCGCAAAUAUCUCAGUAUGAUGUUCUUGGUCAUUAUGUACCAUUAUAUUCCACAAAAAGGUUUUACCUGUGAAUGUUUGAGUCCUAAUGAUUUAUUUGGUGUCUGUCAGUACUGGCAAUUCAGCUCAUACCUCAUCCUUACAAGCUGUGUGGGGCAAUGUCAUAGCACUGGGUGUCUUAUAGAAGAUAUGUUUUUCUCUUUUUUUUCUUUUUUUUUCUUUUUCUUGUUUCUUUGAUGUGAUGCCUCUCUUGUCUGUAACAAUUUUCAUAUAUAUCAACCAUUUUUUGCUAUGUUGAAAUUGGUAUUUAUUUCAUGGCUAUGUAUUACUCUGUGUAUUGAUGUUUGGCAUGGUCUAAAGCCAUAUUAGCUUCUCAUUUUAUUUCAUUUAAUGGUAAAUUAGCAAUUCACUGUAAACUGUGAGAAAAAGUGAGUUGGUUAAAACCAUACUUUGACAUAAGAAAAAUAUUUUUCAGUCUUUUUUCUUUAACAACUGGUAGGAAUCAAUCAUACAUAGUGCUUUGGUAGACUUUUUUGUGUGUAUUUGUGAAAUGGGACAGGAAGCUG